AAGUAUCGUUCUGGCCCCAGCAAUGUUUGCACAACUCCUGAGUGCGUCACAGCAGCCGCUCGUCUCUUGCAGAACAUGGAUGCGACGGUGGAGCCGUGUCAGAACUUCUACCAAUAUGCUUGUGGGGGCUGGCUGGAGCGUCAUGUCAUCCCAGAGACCAGCUCCCGGCACAGUGUCUUCGACAUCCUCAGAGACAGGCUGGAGAUUGUACUCAAAGGAGUUUUUGAGACUGAUAGUGAUCAGGACCGUGACGCCUUCAAGAAGGCCAAAACUCUCUACAGCUCCUGCAUGAAUGAGACUCUCAUAGAGCAGCGCGACUCCCAGCCGCUCAUGCAUCUCAUUGACAGCAUAGGAGACUGGCCUGCUGCCUCGGAGGACUGGAACAGCACUACUG